CCGAGGAAGCGUUUUGAAAAACAAGCUGAGCCACAAACAGGAACCCUGCCCCCCACCCCCAUUCCCCACAGGCCGGCCCGACCAACCGACCGACGGCCAGAAGCAGAGGCAGAGAAGCGCUGGAAGGCGGGAAAGGCCGAAGGGAGGAGGCGCCAGUUUCCUCCUCACAGGGAGCUUCUUUUGGAGGUCAGGAUUGAAUCCGGGAGGCUGAAAGGGGGCGGCGGUGGCAGGGAUACGGAAAUGGCUUCUGACGUGCUAGGGAAGCCUUUUGUGUAGCUGGUCCUGGCCACUGUUUUGGGUGCGCUGUGGAAGAAUGUGUGGACGGACAGCUGUUACUCUGGGAGCAGAUCGUAUCCGCCGUGCCUGUGCUUAUCACAAUAAUCGAGGAGAAAGAAAGUAUCCUGAAUGGCAAAAUGCUGACAAAUAUAGCCCUUCGUUCAAUAAGAGCCCACAAUCUAACAGUCCUGUGCUUCUCUCCCGGCAACACUUUGAGAAGAAUGCCAAUUCUUCUGAGCGUAUCCUUGUAGCCAUGCGUUGGGGCCUAAUUCCAGCUUGGUUCAAGGAAGCUGGCCCAUCUAAAAUGCAGUACAACACUUCCAAUUGUCGGAGUGAUACCAUGAUGGAGAAAUUCUGCUAUAAGGUACCUCUCUCAAAAGGCAAACGGUGUGUGGUGCUGGCUGAUGGCUACUAUGAAUGGCGACAACAUAAUGGACAAAAGCAGCCAUAUUUCAUUUACUUUCCCCAAACUGAGCAGGAAAUGUUCACCAAACCAGAAAUGGAAGAUGAGGUUAAAGAUUCAAAAGGGAGGAAGCUGCUUACCAUGGCUGGGAUUUUUGAUUGCUGGGAGCCCCAGAAUGGAGCAGAACCACUGUACAGUUACACUGUCAUCACAGUAGAUGCAUCUGAAUGUGUAAGAUCCAUCCAUCACAGAAUGCCAGCUAUUCUGGAUGGGGAUGAAGCAGUUAAAAAAUGGCUUGACUUUGCAGAAAUACCCACAGAAGCAGCACUUCAUCUUAUCCAGCCCACAGAAAACAUUGCCUUCCAUCCUGUGUCAACAAUAGUGAACAAUUCCCGAAAUAAUUCAUUAGAAUGCAUUUUACCCAUUGAAUUGGAUCCCAAGAAAAAUACCAAAAUUAAUGCAAGCAGCACAGUAAUGCUGAACUGGUUAAAAAACAAAGGACCCAGGAAAGAUGACAAGGAUGAAGACAAUUUACCAAAGUGGUCCAGCCAGUUCAUCCAGACACAACCGUGUAAAAAAACUAGCAUGGACUUAAUGCACCAGUGGCUCAAAAAAGAUGGAGAACCUUCUGCAAAGCAACUGAAAAAGCAGUGAUAAUUUGGUUACAUUGCUUAUUACCAAGCCUGUUCUUAGCCAAAGAGGGUCUUAUGUGUUGAGUUAUUGCAAUAUUUAAAUCUCCUGAUUUAGAUUGUAAUACAGGUAUAAUCUAUAAAUAAUUUAUAAGACUUCAGAUAUGUUUCCUUCCAGAUGCUGAGUAGAUGGGCUUUGACAUUUAACACUUUGUUUCUUUUGUGUGAAACAAAUAGGGUAUAGAUGUUAAUGCAGCAUUGACUUGACCUUACCAAUGUUGAAAAGGCAAUAGCAUUCCAAAAUAUGUAAGAAGUGAAGGAUUUAAUGUUAUUUUUCCCCCUCCAAGGACACAAGCUGAGAUUUGGUUUGUCAUGGUUACCAUCACUGUGUUCAUUCAAUUCACUUUGUGGAUUGCUUCAUCUUUUAUGGAAAAAAAAUAGGUCACUUAAAGCUGGAGAUUUGCUGAUGCAUAUUGAGAAUGAUAAUUUAUUCUGAAACCAGUUCAAAUUUUUGCCCUUUUAAAUCUGUUUUGGAAGAUGUGAAAUGUCAUCUGCAAGCAAUAUACAAAUAUAAUUCCUACUGGUUGGGAAGCUAUUCCAAAAGGAUCGUGUUUCAAUAUUUUGAAUUCCAAACCUUUGAUAGUAUUGUUUAACAAAUUCAUCAAAGCAGUCAUGAUGAUCAGGCCACCACUGUAAUCAAUAUUUUGAAUAGGUGGUAAGAGAAUAACAAGGAAGAGAGAAAGAACUUUAGCUUUGUGUUUUUGGGAAAGUGAGGAUAGGUAGCAGUAGUGUUGGCUGUAUUAAGGAGUAAAAAUGCAAUAUUGUAAACUAAAGUUUUAUAGGGUCAAGAGACAAAGACAAAAUGUUAGCUGUUUAUGAGGAGUCACACUGGACUCAAGGCAAAGUUUUGCGGCUCAGCCUAAGAGACAUCAGGACUACUACUGUCAAAAAGGACAGCUGGAUGGUUAAAACAGUACUUCAGAAGAUAAAUCCACCUUUAUGCAUAGGAUCAACUUAUUCCAUUCACAGAGAGCUGGAGUAAAAGGCCUGAAUAGGCCUGAAAUUCAUGCAGAUGUAUAUUCUUCACAAAAUCCUGGGCUAAAGAGAGGGGAGAGUAUUUAAUUUUUUCAUUAGUUACAUAAGCAUUCAUUUUAUUAGAUAUGAAGAAAAAUAGUUGGGCCCCAAUUAUUCAUAGUUCCACUGAAAUGCAUGAAAUAUUGUUCAUUAAAAUAAGGCAAAUUUGGGAUAUUUUUAAAGGUUUUAAUACAUAAACAAUGUUCGUAGUAUAAAUAAAAGUUUUGUUCAGAGUUAAA